AUGUCCUUGCUUUUGUUCAUUCCUUGGUACCUGGGCAUCAAGGAGACGCCUGAUUACAUCCAUUUUAAAAUCAGUCUUGGGAUGUUGAAGAGAGCUGGCAGAGUUGGUCUUGCAUUGUACCCAUUGAUCAUCUUUUUAUCUUUGAAACCCAACCCAUUGCCAAAUGUCUUGUAUAUGCAUUUGAUACCGCUCCAUAAGUGGAUUUCACGAGUUUGCAUUUUAUCGGUGCUGCUCCACUCUCUUGGAUUCUUUGGUUUCUGGAUCCACAAGAAUGAGCUCCAUAAGACCUUUGAUAAGUUGAUGUUUCCUGGUGUGGUCAACUUCUUGCUUUUGUUCAUUACGCUACUUCUUGGAAUAAGAGGAAUUCGUGAACGCUGCUAUAAGCUCUUCUAUGCUUUGCAUAUCAUUACUGCUUGGGUUUCCGUACCCUUGAUGUAUCUUCAUAGCAUGCCUGAAGCAAACUUAUACGUCUUUGGAAGUUUGUAUUUGUUGGUGUACCAUACAGCAGCCAAGAUCUACUUGAGCUACAAUAUCAAAGACAAGGUUGAUGAGUCCAACAGUUACUACACUAUUAGCGUCCCUGAAAGCGGGUUGAUGAUGGUAAGAAUCCCACUUGAAAAGGUUAUAAAGGCAUCAACCAAAUUCAGAAACAACCAGGACGACUCUAUGCUUACAUAUUUCUCGCCUGGGUCUCAUAUUCGGAUCUCGCCGUCGUUCUUGAAUCCAAAGUCAUGGCUCUUUGCUACUCACCCGUACACUAUUGCUUCUUUAGACAACGAAGAGUACGUUGAUUUGGUGUUGAAGAGAACCAACAAAUUUGCCUUGCAUUUGGCAUCCCAAAAUUACUUUUGCUACACUGUUUCACUGCCUUUCCCUGCCUUUGAUGAAUUCUUCUUCACGAGAAAUCUCAACGAUAACAUCAGUAUAGUUAGUGGUGGCUCAGGCUUGGCUUUUGGGUUGCCCAUCUUCAAAUACUUCCACUUCAGAAACAAGAAAGCAUCUAAUGAAGAGAUUCCAAAGCAUUACAACCUAAGGUUCUGUGUUAUUGUGAGACAGAAAGAAGACUUGUUUGUUUUGAAGGAGAGUGGAAUACUUUGUCACCAGGAAGACCCUGAAUCGGGUUUAUUGGAACUUUCUCCUCAAUACAAAGAUGCCAAAAUUGAUAUUUUUGUUACAGGUACGUCAAAUAUCGAGACGCCAAAGAGAACUUUCACAAGCUUUUUCCAGAGGAUAAAAGGCGCUAUUCAGGGUUUCAGAAAGAAAGUGCCAGACACGCAGUACUACCAAAUGGACGACCUUGAAGAGCCUAUGCUUGACCAAACUGUGGAGCCACAGACAAAAGAUUUCGAGGUCGAUCAUUUGACUGCUUUGAAGGUGCAAAGUGGAAGGCCAGUUAUAUCAACGGUUCUUAGCGAGUACCAUGAGACCGCGGAAGAGGAGUCGAGCCUUGUUGUUGCAUGCGGGCCAUCAUCCUUAUUAACAGAUUGCGAGCAAUGGACAAGGAGCAAUCAGGUAGAGUUUUUAGCAGAAAGUUUUGCAAUUUAG